CUGCCUGGACCAAGACUUGUGCAGUUCAACCAACCACAGAACUGGAAUUUCCCAGGGGCACCAGGAGCAUGACAUUCGAGUUCUCCUGAACAACUGAAGUGGAACCUUAAGAGUUUGCUCGCCUAAGAAGAUACCAUGGAUGGUGGACACUGGGGCAGGAGUGGUCAGCCAGGAUGCUCUCCUCACCUGAGAUUUCUUUCAAACCCAUUGAUGGGGGAUGUGGUGUCUGACUGGUCUCCUCUUCAUGAUGCUGCAAUCCAUGGACAUCUGCUGAUCCUGAGGGACCUUAUUAGCCAGGGCUGGCCUGUAAACAUCAUCACAGCAGAUCAUGUGUCUCCACUCCAUGAAGCAUGCCUCAGAGGUCAUCUGUCCUGUGCAAAUGUUUUACUAAGUCAUGGAGCUCAGGUGAAUAGCAUGACUAUAGACUGGCAAACUCCCUUGUUUAACGCUUGUGUCAGUGGAAGCCAGGAUUGUGUGAAUCUACUGCUACUGCAUGGAGCUGCUCCCCACCCUGAGAGUGACUUGGCCUCUCCCAUACACGAGGCUGCUAAAAGAGGCCAUGUGCAAUGCAUCGAGUCUCUCGUAGCUCACGGGGCCAAUAUUGACUAUAACAUCAGCCACCUCGGAACACCUCUGUAUGUGGCUUGUAAAAACCAGCAGGUAACCUGUGCCAAGAAACUCCUGGAGUCAGGAGCAUCUGUGAAUCAAGGCAAAGACUUGGAUUCUCCUCUUCACGUAGUGGCCAGGAAGUCCAGUGGGGAGCUGGUGGAUCUGCUCAUGGACUUCGGAGCAGAUGCUCAAGCCAAGAAUGCUGAUGGCAAACGUCCUGUGGAUCUGGUGCCUCUGGAGAGUCCUUUGAUCCAGAUCUUCUUGCAGAGAGAAGGACCCCUGCCUUUGAUGCAGCUAUGCCGCCUGAGAAUCCGGAAAUGCUUUGGCAUUCUGCAGCAUCAUAAGAUCUCUGGACUCCUCCUCCCGGAAGACCUGAAACGCUUCCUUUUACAUCUUUAAUUGUGGAGGGACUAGAUCCACAAGCAACUGAGAAACGGUGUUGAAACUCCUGUCACUGGAGUUUCAAAUAAACUAAGGUUUAUAAUGGUA